AUCUCCUGAUGACAGGGCGCAGCACUGUGUUUGCCAUGCAGCACGUCCUCGGUGCGCCCCGUGUGGUGUGGAGAGGCCUCCUUGGAAGGGACCUCUUUAUGGCCAGGACUCUCUGCAGCCCAGGCCCUAGCCAGCCCAGAGAGAAAAGACCUGAGGAGGUGGCUCUUGGGCUGUACCGCCGCCUCACAGCUCUGGGAAGAGCCCUGGGGCACGACAUUCAUCAGCGAGCAUCGUCCACAGCCACGACUUGGUGGGAAAGAUACGAAGAGUUUGUCGGACUCAAUGAAGUUCGAGAGGCCCAGGGAAAUGUGACUGAGGCGGAGAAAGUGUUCAUGGUGGCUCGAGGGCUUGUGCGAGAGGCUCGGGAGGACUUGGAAGUUCACCAGGCCAAGCUGAAGGAGGUGAGGGACCGCUUGGACCGCAUCUCCAGAGAGGAUAUCCAGUACCUAGAACUGGCUACGCUGGAGCACCGGCUGCUGCAAGAGGAGAAGAGGCUUCGUGCAACCUAUCUGCGUGCUGAAGACUCUGAGCGAGAGAAGUUCUCCCUCUUCUCUGCGGCUGUGCGGGAAAGUCACGAGAAGGAGCGCACUCGAGCUGAGAGGACCAAGAACUGGUCCCUCAUCGGGUCAGUUCUGGGGGCCUUGAUUGGUGUGGCUGGCUCCACCUAUGUGAACCGUGUGCGGCUACAGGAGCUGAAGGCCUUGCUCUUAGAGGCGCAGAAGGGGCCUGUGAGCCUCCAGGAGGCCAUCCGAGAACAGGCAUCCAGCUACUCCCUCCAGCAGAGGGACCUCCACGACCUCAUGGUGGACCUAAGGGGCCUGGUACAAGCUGGCUCCGGGCUGAGCUCUGGGACCCAGGCAGGUACUUCCCCCACCCGAGACAGAGACACAGAUGUCCUUUCAGCUGCCUUGAAAGAGCAGCUCAGCCAUUCCAGGCAGGUCCAUUCAUGUUUAGAGGGUUUACGAGAGCGGCUUGAUGGCUUGGAAAAGACUUUCAGCCAAACGGCUGAGGUGGUUCAGCUUGUGAAGGCUGCAGCACAUCCAGGCCUGCUGGGGCCAGCAGACAGGGCCCUGCCUGGCUCCUUGCUGGAGCAGGGGAGCGUGAUCUUGGCACUAUCAGACAUGGAACAGAAGCUUGAAGCUCAGGUCAACAGGAACACCAUCUACAGCACACUGGUCACCUGUGUGACAUUUAUGGCCACUCUGCCUGUGCUCUACGUGCUGUUCAGGGCCAGCUAG